ACAGGUAUAGUGACACAUGCCACACCUAUGACAGGCAGCAGCACGUGAAUGAAACACGGAGGUUCAGAAACAUAAGAAAAGCUUGCACUGGUUUAAAGUAUUCUCAAAAAAGAAAAGGGAUAUUGUUAACUGUUUCAGAAUUUGAAGAAAUUUAUUAGGGCGGUGCUGUUUAAAGUGCAUAGACAACGACAACAAGGAACUGUUAUCUGAGAAAAGGAAAGAAAAAUCCAAGCAGUGGUGGAGGAUGGACUCAUGGCUGAAUCACGUCCAGAAGCAUGCAGCCCUCUCUGUAUUGUGCUGCUCAGUGGCCUUCAGGAUCCUUCACAGGUUACUGCAGACUGUGCCGAGACCCAGCAUUGUGACUGCAGACCCUUGGAGGUCAUGGAAGUGGAAGAACCUUUCAGUGUCACUCGUCCACUCUUUGCUAACUGGCACUUGGGCUGUUGCCUGUAUAAUACAGCAUCCAGUGAUGGUGCAUGAACUCCGUUCAACCUACACUCCUCCCUCCUACCUGCUAGUCAUCCUUUCCUCUGGAUACUUCAUUCAGGAUGCUGGUGAUAUUAUCUUCAGUGGGUAUGCAAAAGCAUCUUGGGAAUUUCUGCUGCACCAUGUUUUGGUGAUUUGGUGUUUCCUGUAUGCAGUGUUCACACAUCUUUAUGUGGCAGGUGCAGUUGUGGCCUUGUUUGUGGAAGUGAACAGUGUAUUUUUACACGCACGUUUAUUGCUGAAACUGGCCAAAGUGGCUCCGAAUUCCCUCCUUUACUCCAUCAACAAACUGGUUAAUGUCCUGACCUAUGUGGUCUUCCGGCUUGGAGCGCAGUGUUAUCUCACCUGGUACAUCGUAUAUCACUAUUCAUCCCUGGAUCACGCCUUCUACUUCCUAGUAACUAUGUCCCUCAUGGACAUCAUGAUUCUCAUCUAUUUUUACCGCCUCCUCUGCACCGAUUUCUUCUCGAAGCGCCGUCCAGACAGAAGUUCCUAUAAAUUUGCUGAUGACUAAAUCAACGUUUGGCAGGGGUUGAUUAUGGUUCUUUACAAAAACACAAGGAUCUCCAUCUUAUAGGCUACAUGUAAAAAUGAAAAAGAUACUUGACAAGUCUUUUAUUUUAACUUUCAAAAGUAUAAAACCUGGUGGUGUAUUAGAUUGCAAAUCUAGAUAUUGAUAGAUAUUAAUUCAACCAUAUAAUUAUCACACUGGAAACUUAUCUUCAUCUUCAACUGAUGCUUUUUUAAAUGUACUGGAUCUCUCAUGGAUGUCAGCCACAGAGUUUCCUCAAGAAAUUGAUUUGCACAUCCACUAAAUUGGCUUUAGUAAUUUUACCAAUGAAUUUUCCUAGUAAUACUUAACCGAUAAACCUACCUCAGAUUCAAAAUAAACCUGAAAGGAGCAAUGUUACCUCACAAACAUGCUGAAAGUGGAAUGAUGCUGUUUUUUCUAAUCAUUUUCAUUUCCCUUUCAAGGAAUAUACAAGAGCUUAAUGCUAAAAAUUGAUCACUACAUUAAAAUGUAGGAAUAAAGCUUUUUCUAUCAAACAAGAUUUGUGCUUGUGUUUUCUUAGUGUGUGAAAUGUUAAGUACGAUGCAAAGCAAGUUGCUUUGGAUAAAAGCGUCUGCCAAAUGCAUAAAAAUAUUUAAAAAAAAUUGUGUAUUAUUUUGGCACAUGGCACCGCUUGAGAUUUGAGACAACUGAUUCCGAACAUCUAUAAUUGUAUUAGUCGAUAGCAGAAUAUCUAAUGUACAACAUUUUAAGUGCAACUAUAAUGUUUAAUUCAAAUUCAGUAAUUCAAAACUAAUAUCCAUAAAUUUG